AUGAAUACUUUUAAAUUUUUCCAUGAAUGUCCUUUACAUCAUGGUUUCUGUUUGAAAUUUUACGACAAAGAAAGACUAACCAGAGACGAUGCUGAACAAAUCUGUCAACGUGAUGGCGGCCAUCUUGUUAACGUUAAUUCUGAGAUGAAAGUAAAAGAUGUGAAUGAAACAAUUCUUCAACAAAACUUUGAUUCUAACAGAAUAUGGAUUGAUGGAAGAAAAUCAGUACAAGGCGAUCCUUGGACUUACGGCUACAAGUCAUCAGAUCCGUCCUUCACCUUUUGGGGAGAUGAUGAUCCAGAUAACGGUCGAUUUGAGCUGUGCAUUGUGUAUUUCUUUGGUUUACGUACGAAUUACCUUUGGCGAUGGUUAGAUUUUCCAUGUGAUGCAAAAUUUGCCUUCAUUUGCCAAUACAAAUAGUUAACCUUAUUUUCAAUGAGUACAUUCGCCCAAUAAAUAUAAAUUGUUAAUGUCGCGAAUGUAUUAACUUUUGCCAAAUUGUAAUAUUAAACUAUUGUGAAAACAUUCUGACGGACAUAUACAAGUAUAUAACUUAUACAUGUAUAACACGGCGCGAAGUGAAAAUGUCUUUUUAGAAUUGAUGUUUUCAAGAAGCUAGAUAAAUGUUUAUAUGUUUACCAGACAACGGUUAAUCGAUGUGCAGCUUUAAACAACUACACCUAAACAAAAUAAUUAGGUCAUGAGACCAUGAUCAGUUUCAAUGUGACCAUACUACGUGACAUUGCAGGUACGGUACACGCAAUUUUUUCAUCGAUUCAGGUACAAUUUUUGCCAGUUACUCUGCUGUUUCUCAACUGAUUUUGACCAGAUGAAGCGAAGUGUACCUGGAAUUAUAUCAACUACCGACGGUUAAUCAAUCUUUUGAAAACCCCUGAAAAACGUUUGAGAACAUAGAGGUAUUAUAACAUUUAAAAAGUUUAAAUUUAUUGUUUAAU